CACUUUAGUUUGUGCCUAAACGCAGUUAGGUUUGGACUUUCAUCUGAUUAUGGGUUUUGAAAUGGAACGUAAGGACUGGAAUGUAGAAGGGAAAGUAGUGUUAGUUACGGGUGGAGCUAAUGGUGUUGGUGCAGGAUUAGUGCGGGAGUUACUUGCAAGAAAUGCGAGACACGUCGCUUUCCUCGAUGUGGCGGAGCGUGAAGGUUCUACACUCGAGAGUGAACUCAACAAUAAGUUCGGAGCUUUAAGGGCAAAGUUCAUUAAAUGUAACAUAGCUGAUGAAACUGAAUUAAACCACGCGUACCAGCAAAUUAUUAAUAAGUACCGCAGACUUGAUGUUCUUGUCAAUAAUGCUGCGAUACUUAGUAACGAUGAGGAUAACUAUAGAGCUAUGAUAGAUGUUAAUUUGUGUGGCACGAUAGCGAGCACAUUAAAAGCUGUAGGUGUAAUGAGGUCAGAUAAAGGUGGAAACGGUGGAACAGUAAUAAACGUAUCUUCGCUACUUGCUUUUAAUCCAUCUACCCAUUUGCCCGUAUAUGGAGCAACAAAAGCAGCUGUACUUCAGUUCACCAAUUAUUUAGCGACCGAAAAUUCGUACUCAACUACGAAUGUUCGAAUAGUAACCGUUUGCCUAGGACCCACAGACACAGCUCUCCUACAUAGAAAGAACUCGGAAAACUUUGCUAAGAACUCGCAACGACUAACUUCAAGAGUCCCGGAGCGCCAAAGAGUCGGAUCGGCAGUAAACGGUAUAAUCGACGUGAUUCAGCGCGCGGAAAACGGCUCUACGUGGAUAAUCGCCAACGACAAGCCUGCGACCGACGUUACUAAAAAUAUUCACGAAAGCUCCCGAAUCCUUUCCAAUGUCACCGAUAUUUUAUAUAAUAUAUUGCCUGAAGCCUAUCUCUUGAUUUAUUUUGUUGAUUCAACCGACAUCUUCACCGACUCAAUUCCAUUUAAUUUAUGUUUUCACAAAUAUUUAGCAGCAUGGGAAGCGCUGUUGGUAGCUCUUGGCUCUCAUCACGAUGCUAGCAGUUGGAUCCUCGCCCGCCGACGAUCGACGCUUUAUAAGUUCGGCUUGUCUCAUGCGAUUAGGAGACCGAAAAAGGCUUUUGCAAGAGAUCAGCCGAGAGCACUAAUGCACUGGACUGCCCACAGCAUAUUUAUUGAGGUCGGCCCAUCGCAUUUGUCCGGUCCACCUUCCAGGUGGUCUAGUACCUUCCACUUUAGCAUGGAGUACAAAACACUCCAUAAACUGGCUGCCCUACCUCGAUACGUGUUUGAAGAAGGCGAGUAUGCAGGAUUGUAG